AUGCGCAACUUGAGAAAUGUUCGUCUCGCUGAGACGCAUAUUGAGAGCGAAUUGCCCCUGACUGCCACAGCAUGGGAUACUGCUUCGGAUUCAGUGGUGUGCACCUUUGGUCCAACCGAGAACAGUGCAAUCCUUGAGGUUAGGCGGAAGCGCCCUGAGAUCACUUCCACAGAUCCCCUCUCUCCUGAGGCAUUUGAAUGCAUUGCUUCAUGGGAUGCUCCAAGCCCCCUGCCAGAUUUGGCAUGUGACCGUGUACUUUCUCUCCAUUAUUUUGCAGACAACCUGACAACCUGUCUGGUGCUGGAAGGAGGUGAUAUUGUCGUCGUCCGUGAAGAGCCUCUUCCGGGUGAAGAUAAGAUCGAAAUUGUCGGCUCAGUCGAUGUUGGAAUCACGGCUGCCGCAUGGUCACCCGAUGAGGAACUGCUGGCCCUCACUACUAGAGCCCAGACAUUCUUGUACAUGACUAGAGAUUUCGAGAAUGUGGCCGACAUCACCUUCACGCCCGGCGACCUCCAAUCAUCACAACAUGUGUCAGUUGGAUGGGGUAAGAAAGAGACCCAGUUCCAUGGGAAAAGAGCCAAGGCUCUCCGAGACCCAACUGUCCCAGAAAAAGUCGACCAGGGUAUUAUGAGCAGCUACGAUGAUGGCAGCACGACUAUAAGCUGGCGAGGAGACGGAGCAUACGUCGCUGUGAACAGUGUCGAAACAGGCAUUCGUCGUGUGAUCCGCGUGUACUCUCGAGAGGGCACAUUGGACAGCGUGAGCGAACCUGUGGACGGACUGGAAGGUGCCUUGAGUUGGCGGCCCUCUGGCAGCCUCAUUGCCGGCAUCCAACGGCUUGAUAAUCGGAUUGAUGUCGUGUUCUUCGAAAGGAAUGGGCUUCGUCACGGCGAAUUCUCUUUGCGUCUAUCCGAGGCCGAGAUGCAGUCUUGGGGUUCUCGCAUCCAUCUUGCCUGGAACGUCGAUUCCACUGUACUUGCUGUCAAGUUUCAGGACCGCGUACAAUUUUGGACAACUGGAAACUACCACUGGUACUUGAAGCAGGAGAUCCCGAUCACGGUCGAUCCCAACUCUUCGCUUCCAUACUCUCUCGAAUGGCACCAAGAGAAGGCGCUGAGACUGGUUGCCGGUUCCUCGGGAUCCAUACUCGAUUUGGAUUAUGUAUUUGAUAUCAACCAUGGCUCUACUUCUAUUCCCGAUGACGUUGGAGCUGUCGCGGUCAUCGAUGGAAAAACUCUCAAGUUGACUCCGUUGCGACUAGCUGGUGUACCGCCCCCAAUGGCACACAACGAGCUGGCUUUGGAGUCCAAUGCCAUUGAUGUUGCAUUCAGCAAAUCGGGUACCCGCAUUGCUGUACUGAUGAGCAACAGAUUCUCUGUCUACCUUUGGUCUCUAAAGAGCCGACCAGUUCCCGCUCCUAUCCUCGAGUCAAGCCACCCGUUGCCAGAUUCCCCCGCCAGUCGGCCGCGACAGAUUGCAUUCUUGAAUGAUAAUGAGAUAUUUGUACUCAAGGACAGCGGACCAAACUCGAGCCACAUUGAACGAACAAUCCUGGACACUCGAACGACAGAAUCUGUGUAUCGGGCUGCAGACUCAGAGCAACUGGCAUCGAUUUUCGCCGGAAUUGGCCACCAAGCCUUAUGGCUAUCUCAUGCCCCUCAACCUACUCGGCCCGUCAGCUACUCGAGCAUUGAAGUGUCAUCAUCAGGGACCCUUGAUGUCGCUCCUUGGGAUGAGAGCCCUAAUGUCGACAGUCACUGGGCCCGUGUUGUCUCUAUCUCUGAGGAUGAGCGCCUCCUGAUUGCCCUGACAAGAACUGGCACCCUGUAUGCUAACAAGCGGGUCCUCGCGAGGAACUGCACUUCUUUCCUCGUGACCCCUUCGCACCUGUUGUUCACCACAUCACAGCAUCUUUUGAAGUUUAUUCAUCUCAAUCGUGUGGAUGAUAUGGAAGUUCCAGAGGAUACACCAGAAACCGAUGAACGGUGCAGAAGUAUUGAACGUGGCUCUCGCUUGGUUUCGGUAAUCCCGUCGAUAUUCGCGGUUGUUCUUCAAGCUCCCCGAGGAAACAUUGAGACUAUCUUCCCUCGCGCUCUCGUUUUGGCUGGAAUUCGUACCUUCAUCGAUCAGAAGAAAUACCGGUCUGCAUUCCUAGCAUGCCGCAGUCAGAUGGUUGAUCUGAACAUUCUCCAUGAUUAUGCUCCCGAGCAAUUCAUGGAGAACAUCGCACUAUUCGUUGAUCAAGUAAAGAAGAUCGAAUACAUCGACGACUUCAUUUCGCGUCUAUCGGAGGACGAUGUAUCGCAGACACUCUACAAAGAUACCCUGAAAAUGUCCAAGAACGUAUCGGCAGCCGUGGCCCAGCCGGAGGUUCCAGCAACCCCGUCGGCAUCCAAACUUGGUAAAAAGGAGAGCAAAAUCAACAAAAUCUGUGAUGCAUUCCUGUCGACACUUCAAAGCCGUGUCGAUACCAAUUUGCAGAAUCUGAUCACAGCGCAUGUUUGCAAGUCACCCCCUGACAUGGAAGCAGGACUGAGUCUUGCUGCAGGCCUAAGAGUGCAAAACCCCGAACAGGCUGAAGAUGCUAUUUCUCACAUGUGUUUCUUGACUGAUGCCCACCGGCUUUACUCCCACUCGUUGGGUAUCUACGAUCUGGAGCUUACUUUGUUGGUUGCUCAACAAGCUCAGAUGGACCCUCGCGAGUACCUACCUUUCCUGCGCAAGCUACAACAACUACCUGAAACUCGACGUAAAUUUGAGAUCGACAACCAUCUUUCCCGCUUCGAAAAGGCUUUGGGACAUCUGUAUGGUCUCAAUGCUCAUGAUGAAAUCCGCACAUAUGUCGUCAGACAUGUCUUAUACAAGGAAGCACUCGAGCUUUACAAGUACCAAACUGAGCAGCAGCGGGAAAUCACCGAGCUAUAUGCCGAUUAUCUCCAGGACCAGUCGAAAUACAAAGACGCAGCAAUUGCGUACGAGUCUCUCGAGCUUUAUGAGAGUGCUUACAAGUGCUACAACUUGGCACACAAAUGGCGCGAGUCGUUGUACUGUGCCAUGAUGGCAAAUCUCUCCGAGGAAGAUUUGGCGACCCACAUCGACGGUCUGGUCACUACCCUGGUCGACGAGCAGAAAGACUAUGUUUCAGCAGCAACGAUCUACACCGAUCACUUGCACGACAUUAUCACAGCCGCACGACUUCUCUGUCGAGGAUCGAAGUUCGCCGAUGCAGCUCGCCUCCUAACGCUCCACGGCAAACAGAGCCAAGUUGCCGAAAUCGUCGACUCCGGCCUCGCCGAAGCAAUGGGCAACAUGACCGACCUUCUUGCCGACUGUCGAUCCCAACUCAACGCCCAAGUCCCCCGUCUCCGGGAACUCCGCCAGCUUCGCGCCGCCGACCCGCUUGCUUUCUACGGCGGUGAUCCCACCGCCGGCGACGCAGGUGUCGAUAUUCCCGACAACGUCUCGCUGGCCCCGACAGACGCAUCCACGCUUGCCGGGCGGUCCAUGUUCACCCGGUACACCGGCAACACCGGUAAGACCGGGAAAACGGGAAUGUCACGGCACACAUCGAAGACUCGUCGGCGCGAGGAACGCAAGCGCGCUCGUGGUAAGAAGGGUACCGUUUAUGAAGAAGAGUAUCUCGUCAACAGUAUUCGUCGUCUCAUUGAACGAGUUAACUCCAGCGUGGCGGAGGCUGAGACUCUUGUUGAUGCUUUGCUGCGACGUGGUAUGCGUGAGCGCGCAGCUGCCGUUGAGAAGGCUUUGCAUGAAGUCUUGACUAUGUGCGCGGAUUCCCGGGACGAGGUGUUCGAAGUUCCUGCCGCUCCGGAGAAAAAUGAAGAGGAUGAAGAGAAUGCUGAUGAGACCCUGCCUAUGUACGGGGGUCGGAGUGCCAGUGUCUUGAUGGAGAGUAUAGCUAUUGUUGAGGGUGGUGGUGCUGCUCGUGUUAAAGAGAUUCCUACUGUCAAGGAGAUGAAGAAGUCUUCCCUGUUGGUUUGA